UUUUCUCGUUAAGGCCCGCCGGCCGUCAUCGAGGUAGAUAUUGUGGUGCGCAGUAUGGGACCAAUCUCCGAAGUUGACAUGACAUAUUCGAUGGAUUGCUACUUUCGUCAGUCAUGGGUAGACCGUCGUCUGGCCUUCCCCGGUGAUGAGAAAGACACCCUCGCUCUAAGCAUUUCCAUGCUUGCGAAAAUCUGGAAACCCGACACAUAUUUUUACAAUGGAAAACAAAGUUAUCUGCACACAAUAAACCCCAACAAAUUUGUGCGAUUGUUUAAAAAUGGACGUGUUCUAUAUUCAUCUCGAUUAACAAUAAAAGCUGGUUGUCCUAUGAAUCUCGAGGAUUUCCCGAUGGAUAUUCAACGAUGUCCAUUAAAAUUUGGUUCGUUCGGCUACACGUCGCGCGACGUCCUCUACAAAUGGAAUUCGGCGCGACAGGUGGCUAUCGCUGAAGACAUGAAAUUGUCCCAAUUCGAUCUCAUUGCUACUCCGGCCGGCAAUCACACCGACACCAUUGUCAACAAUGACGAUCGGAAACCCGGGCAACGAUCCACCAACACUUAUAUAACGGAGUAUUCCAUGUUGCUCGUAAGUUUCCAUUUGCAACGCCAUAUGGGUAACUUCCUGAUUCAAGUCUACGGGCCAUGUGUUCUGCUUGUCGUGCUGUCGUGGGUCUCCUUUUGGUUGAAUCGGGAAGCUACAGCCGACAGAGUAUCGCUUGGUAUAACUACCGUGUUAACAAUGACAUUUUUAGGCCUUGAGGCAAGGACAGAUUUGCCUAAAGUACCUUAUCCCACCGCAUUAGACUUCUUUGUGUUUUUAUCAUUCGGAUUUAUAUUUGCUACGAUUAUUCAGUUUGCAGUAGUUCAUUAUUUUACAAAAUACGGUUCAGGCGAGUGUUACUUCAGCUCGGAUCUUGAAGAUUCCAGUAGUGACGAAGACGACUGGAAACCGAUAGAAAAAAGAUUUUCGGAUCCUAAAGAUAUAAACGGUGCAAAUCGUCGAAAGUCAUCCGAAUCAAAACGUCCACAACUCCCUUUCCCAGCAUACACAGAUCCACAUUUCGUAGAAGUUAUCCCGUUGUCAGCCUGUGCCAUUCCAAUACCCUCCAGCCGGCGCUCGUCCCAAUGCUGGGCAACACUCCCCUGCUUGAAGCCCGCACCGCCUGAAGACCACCACACCGCGACGUACACGCAGCCAACAGUCACCGCCAUAAGCGGGCAGCGAUUAUCCUUCCAGGCGUCGAUGCGGCAUCGACCUCACCGAAGGAGACGCACGCCACGAUUCAACUCUGUGUCGAAAAUCGACCGCGCAUCACGCGUGGUCUUUCCACUGUUGUUCUUAACAAUAAAUUUAUUUUAUUGGUAUUCGUAUUUGUCACGAACGGAGAGGAUUCAACCAUUGAAACAUUAGAAGCAAUAUGAGAAUAUGAUAUGAGAUAGAAUGAGGUGCUUUUUGGGUUUGUUUCGAUUUUAUUAACAAAUAGUCAGUUUUUCUUGUAGACUCACAUAACAAACACUCUAAUUGCACCCGUGCAUGUUGACAACGACAUACACACACUCACAUAUGUAGAAAACGAUGUGAACCAAGUUGUUAUUUGAACAGAAAGCUGUAAAAUAUUUAAUUGUUAAACAAAAGAACAUAAUUGUAAAUAUAUCAUCUACCUAUAAGGAUA